AUGUCUACCGCAGUAGCAUCCGCCCCCUUGACUUCACCACACCCGACCCGCAACCCCAGCCCACGCAACCUCCCAGCGCUGGCUCCCCCUUCAAAUUCCUCCCCGUCCCGGAUGUCGACCAGUUCCAGGGAUGGCGCAAAGGGGUCUCCGGCCGAUAAACGAGGCCCCGGGUCUCCUCAAGGGAGUGGCCCGCAGAUCACCGUCAAAAAAGAACCCGGGUCAUCACCGCGGAUGCAGAGUCGGCCGCGACCUCGCAAAUUAGACCUCUCGACCAGUCUCCCCUCCAGCAGCCUCUCAGUGCGCCCGCCGGGAGGGCCGAUGACGGCCUCACUCCAGGACGUGGGUCUCGCUUGUCUGUCGCCGGGCUUCCAAACCCACGAUCCGAUCAUGCGCGAGCAGCUGCAGCGGAGUCUCUCGGUCCGAGACCAGCAGCGCUCGAUCAUCGAGCAGCGCAUGCAGAAAUCCGCUAAAGAUAGCGGUCCCGAUGGCGUCCCGCCUUCCGAAUCGAUGGGCAUGCCCAAGACCGCGAAACGCAGACCCCCAGGCCUGUCUAUCGUGCCUCCAUCCGCGUCCCAGUUCGCCAACGAGCGAGUCAUCCAAUCGGCUCCGCUCAAUCAGACCUUUACUGGCCGGUAUCAGCCACAGCCAUUGACCCGCCAUGUUGUCAAUCAGAGCCCGACCCUGGGCGCAACCUCUCACAUGCACCAGCUGCCAGCUGCUCAGACCACCAACCGUCUCCCACCACUAUCCGACGUCUUCGGCUCCGAUGCCAUGAACCGCGACCGCGAGCCCGCCCGGGCCAACAUCCACCUCGCCUCCAGCAACUCCUCCCAGUCCAACAACCUGGCCCCCAUGCCCUCCCCGGGUCUCCCAGCCUCUCAAACCCCCGGUCGCCCACGCGAGUAUCGCUCCGCCGAGGAGGCCGUGCAGGAAAUGUCCGGCGGACGAGAGGACCUGCUUCCCCGAAUUGUCCACUACGGAGGACACCAGCCUCCCACCCCACCAUCCCCCCAAAUCGUCCAUGCAGGCCCCAAGACCGCCCCGCUCGCUCCGGAGCCUCGAGCGCCCGGUCCGCCGCCUGCGUCAUUUGGCAUGUUCGCCCCGUCCGACACCACCGCCCGCCGCCGCCCGAGAAGCGAGUACGAGCAGGACAACGGGACUCCUCCUCUUGGCCAUGGCCCCGAUUCCCAGCACCGCGCCAACCCGGCGACACACUCUGGCCCGUAUGCCACCUUCUCCGGGCCCUUUGGCGCAGGGCGCGACUCUCCCGAGACGCAGCGCAGAAAGAAGGAUGAGUUCCUUGGUCUCUGCGCUCGUGCUUGGGAUCUAUUCCAUUCGUGA